CACAGCGCUGCAAGUUUUUAUUGUGUCAAAUUUGAGCAGCAAGCAAUGAAAAAUUUAACACGCUAUAAAUCACAAUUUUCACAAAAAGGGAAAUGCCCAGCCAAGAAACAGCAGCAACAACAACAGCAACAGAACAGAUUUUCCACCAGCAAUUGUUGCAGAACACAAGUGAAUAGCAGGAGCAGGAGCAGGAGGCGGAUGAGGGCCAUUGGCAACCUGCCAACCCCUUGGCAAUGUCCUUGCUACGCCUUGGUAUGCAACUUGUGCCGGCUUAUCUGCCCAGCAACAUGCGUUCCUGGACUGGGUGGUUGCUCGACCCUUGCUCUGCCCCCGCGCCUCCUUUCGCUGUCGAUGACGAGGCAGAAGUCGUGGCGUCGUCUCCUGGCUGUCUGACAGGUUCAAGGUCGAAGUCCACGCACUCGCAAGCCCAAGAAGCCAGCCGCAUCGAGCGCUGCGGGCAGCAGCAGCGGCGACAACACGAGUUUAACGAGAAUCGCUACUUGACGGAGAAGCGACGCCAGCAGCUGAGCGGGGAGCUGGGCCUGAACGAGGCGCAGAUCAAGAUCUGGUUCCAGAACAAGCGAGCCAAGCUGAAAAAGUCGAGCGGCACCAAGAAUCCGCUGGCGCUGCAGCUGAUGGCCCAGGGCCUCUACAAUCACUCCACAUCCCCCUCUCGGCGCACGCGACGCGAUUUGCCCAAUCGGAUGCGGAUGUAG